GAAAAUGACCAAGGCUAAGAUUUUCUUGGCAAUCCUUUGAGACAUUUUCUUCUGUUUCAGUAUCGCGUAGAACGUUAAAUAAGGAACAUGGUGAUUGAAGACUCUCUCUUGUUGAAAGAAAAUUUUAUUAAUGACGUGCGGGAGUUCGUUAAAAAGAAAAAUUGGCGUAAAAUUCUAGUGUCAUGUAAAAAGUAUGGAAUAAAUGUUACUUCUGAAACUUUGUGGACUUUUCCUUCUGAGUAUUGUGUGACUUAUCUUAAAGCACUUUGGAAAAGCUUCAACAUUACAAAUGUUUUGAGCAUAGGAUGUGGAACUGGCUUGAUGGAAUUUAUUCUAAGAGAAAGCAUUGGGAUAAGAGUUACUGGACUUGAAGUCGAUAAGAAUUGGUGGUCACGUCACAAACCAUUUAUUCCCUUAAAGUUUUUAGAUCCUGGUCAAGAAAUAACUUCUAAAUUUCUGCUUGACACGUGUUUAAGUAAAAAUUGGAAUUUUUCACUCAUGUUCUGUUACUUCAAUAAUAGAAAGGCCUUUGACGAAUAUGUGAAAUGCUACAAAGGAAAUUAUGUGAUAAUCAUUGGACCAGCAGCGAAUACCAUGAGAUAUACCGAGCCAUUACCACUUGAUAAGGAAUUUCAGGAAAACGAGAACUAUAAACUUAUUCAUGUUAAAGAGUUUGGUGAUAAUCACGAUCUGAUUGCCAUUUAUGAGAAAUGUGUGAAAAAUUUAUUUGCUUGAAACGGUUGAAAUAUAUUUAAAAGAGCUUUCGAAAAGCUUUUCAUUUCUCCAAAGAAAUAUUCUUUUGUACAGUAUCGGAAAAUGCUCGAAAGAGUGCAGUUUUAGAAGUUAAGGGAAAUCUCUUAAGUAUUUCCAUCUCAUUAAUAAAAUAAUAUUAUUUUAGGAGAAGGCAGCGAUAUAUUGAGAAAGCUUUUUCGACGAGGAAAGCUCUAGAAAUAAAUUUUUGAUUAGUUUUCUUUUCUGUAACUUUUGUGAUAUUUUUAGACAAAUAGAAUCUCCAUCAAUAAUAAGUAGUUGUUGACCAUAAAAUGAAAGAUUAAAAAUAUCAAUACAAAAGUAAACUUCUGUUGAAAAAUUAAUUUGUUUUAAAUUACGAUGUGUGUAUUUUUACAUUGGUGCAUGCUGCAAUCUAUUUUUGUACUUUGCUCUUGUUAUGUUCGCUUGAUAAGACAAAAAUAGACACAGAAAAUGUGUGGGCGAAAGAACACUACGAAAGGGAGAAUCAAGGAAAAUAGGUUACGCUAGAUGCUGAAAUGUGUAAAAGCUACUCUCUCGUUGUGCUUUAGUUUGAGUUCUAUUUUUGUAAACAGCAGCAGCAAUGGUGAAAAAAAAAAUCAUUUCAAUGAUGAAAAAUGAAAAUAAACGAAAUGACUUCAGUUAAUGAUAGAAUCCCACUUGUUGACGAAAUGUCUGAGUGGGUCGAUAAAUAAAAAAAAGUAAUGUUUUAUUUGUCUGCCUAGUUUAAAAUGGUUUUGUUCGACUUUCCUAGUAGUUUCUGAUAAAUUUAAAUAUAAACUAAAAAUGUUAUCGUUCUUGGAAAUAGAAUGUCUAUUAAAAUUUGAG